AAACUUCACCGGACGAAGGGCUCAAUCAUGACUAAGUUUGAGAUUCAAAUACGCCAGGCCAAAGUUCUCAUCAAGUCAGCUGUAGCCCUCAACUCAGCCACGAUCAGGUUCAUCCUCUUAGGAAAUGAUGACACGGUUCUACCUGCAAUCGAAGAAUACGUGUCGCAUUGGCCAGAUCUUUUUCGGAAUCGUCUACAGUUGAGUUAUCGGCCUGUCAUUAUGCCAGAAAAAUGGCAUUUAAUGGAUUUCUACGAGAAAUGUGUCACUGAAAAGUUGUUCCUGCACUGGGUGCUGUCUGAUUUUGACUCCGUGGUGUAUCUGGACACCGACCACGUGUUCAUGAGACCUCCGGAUCAUCUGGUAGAGCACUUCAAAAACUUUGAUGACACGCAAGUGCUCGGAGUCGCACCUGUAGAUGGUUACUAUUUGCAACACAGUGCAAGGAUACCUUACUACGGGAGGCAAGGCUUAAGCAGCGCACUAUUGCUGGCCAACCUUACACGGUGGCGUGACCUGCCUUUCGACUGGCUGCCCAUGGUGACAAGUGUGGCCAAAGUUUUCAAGGAAGGCAUUAUUGGCGAUCAAGAUAUACUUAACCUCGUUUUCAGUGAGUUUCCAGACUACAUCUACGACCUGAGCUGUGACUGGAGUGGCAGCAUCGAGCAGUGUUUGACAGUGAACUGGAACUGCAGCUCCAUCGAACAAACCGGCUUUUCGUUGGUGCACGGCGCAAGAUCAAGAUUUUUUGCUGAAGAUCUUUGGAAUAAUAGAACUAUUUCUCAAGAAUUGCCGUAUGUCAUCCCAAUGGAGGAGAUUUUCGUUGCAUGGGAGAGGCAUGACUUGACUGAUUCCUUGUCAGUCUUACUUCAAAAUUUGACCAAAAAUCUUCGCACACGAGAAGAUGAGCUGCGGAGAGCGCAGGCGAGCCAUAAAGAAAAUCUGUUUUGCCCCUACAGUUUCGAGAAGCUCCUGAAACAAUUGAAAGAUCUCGUCAACUUACUCUCCUAAUUAUACUAUUUAUAUUACUUGGUUUCAGAUUUUACAAGAACAUAUAAUGAAAAAAUUGUGAGUCAUAAAUCGCUUCCCAAACGCUAGCUUGGAAAUUAAGGCGAAUGAAAUUUAUAUUUCAGUUACGCUAUUUAAAAAUUGAAUUAAGGAUUCCUAAGAUCCUUUUCCUAAAACUAAAAAAUGCUGCAAACUAGUGGAAUGAAUUUACAUAUAGCACAAACUGAUGAACAUGUUUCCUGUAUCCGUUUCCUUCGGGUUAUCAAUUUUAUGAAACUUCUUGGAAACUAAUGUACGCGGAGCCAGUAGUGGCACCACUGUGACGUUAUUACACUCUAUUUUUCAUGAUAUUAUCAUUAUCAAUCACACUCUUAUAACAUAAACCAUCACACUCUCCAUUGACAGUUGUCUCCAUUACAAUAAGAGUAUAUUGUGGAGCGAUCGCUGAACGCAGAAUCGAGCCCGAGCGGCCUCACACGGUAAAAUUUCACGCCUAUUCGGUAGGAAUUGAAUGCAGUCAGGAAUAAGACAACCGCAAGCUUGCCUCCCUCACCUCCAUCCAAUUGAACGUAGAGAGAACAAAGUAGACAUAUGCUGAUUUGAAAAUGCAUUUGUAACGAUUGGUUGCGCUGGUGUAAGGUGCAGGGAGUGGAGGAUGGGAAUAGGAGGAAAGAAGUGUAAGAGGUUUACGCAAUUUGCAAGGAAAUUGCGAUCAGUUAAGAAAAAAUAGAACAAAUUUACGCUCCAAAAACGGAUAGAAAUGGUACGCGCCAGCAACAGCAAAUUAAUGAAUACCUAUCGAAAGAUGUGAAAUGAAUAGUUUCCUACUACAUUAGUCAAGAGUUUGUGCUUGUAUUAUCUUGAGAUUGUGAUUCGAGAAAAAGCUUAUUAUGGUUGAGGACUUCUUAUAAUCCCCAGCUUGAAAUCCUAACUCCUAGAGCCGUAGAUGUGGAAAUUAAGGAAGUAAGUAGUCCGUGGGCAGCUGUGGUUAGGGUUGGGGAACUUAAUAUAAGUACUUCUCUUAACCUUAAAAUGAAUGUUGUUUCAUUCC